GACUGCGGACACAGUGCAGGAGAUGACCAGAGACUGCGGACACAGUGCAGGAGAUGACCAGAGACUGCGGACACAGUGCAGGAGAUGAGCAGAGACUGCGGACACAGUGCAGGAGAUGAGCAGAGACUGCGGACACAGUGCAGGAGAUCACCAGAGACUGCGGACACAGUACAGGGCAGAGAUGACCAAGAGACUGCGGACACAGUGCAGGAGAUCACCAGAGACUGCGGACACAGUGCAGAUGGGGAUGACCAAGAGACUGCGGACACAGUGCAGGGGAUGACACAGUGCAGGAGAUGAGCAGAGACUGCGGACACAGUGCAGGGGAUGACCAAGAGACUGCGGACACAGUGCAGGGGAUGACCAAGAGACUGCGGACACAGUGCAGGGAAUGACCAGACUGAGACUGCGGACAGUGCAGGGAAUGACCAGAGACCUGAAUUUUGCGGACAAAGACACCGGAUCAUUCACAAAGCGCAGCACAUGCGCAGUGGGCA